GUCGCAGCAGUGACACCUCCGCCGACAACGGUGAAAAACGCGCGACGCGAUCGAGUUCCGGGCACAUCUUUCACGGCUUGAUGCGCUGAAGUGUUGGGGACAUUGGCAGGACUGCGAUUAGAAGGUCCCGCGAACGAGAUCGAAAAGUUACCCGAUCGACGGCCGAUACUCCUCCAUCGUCUUCGACUGAAGAGGGAACGUCUCUCUCCCUCUGUCUCUCGGGAAACACGUUUCUUUUUCUCUCUAUCUUUCAUGCUGUCUCUCCCUCGGAAAGGGUUGAAAACUCGACGUGAAAGGCGCUUUGAUCGCGAUCAAAUUUGACGCGGCCCCCAUAACUCCUGCGCGUUUCAUCGUCCUUCCCGGCUUGUCGUAUUAUGAGGAGACGAAAUAAGCCGAGAUAACGAAUUUCGCGUCAAGAACGACCUCCGCGUCGACUGAUCUUCUUGAGUUGUGUGAGCCUAGUCACGUCGGGUCCAUUCGAUCAGUCGUCUCGGGCGGACCCAGCCGGAACUCGACAUCCCUCCCCCGAAGAAGAAAGAGACUGGGGGAUUCUCAGACGCGCCAGCGGCCGACGCGUUUCCGCGGCCGCAGUCGUAUCGAUCCGUUGCAAAUUGGAUUGCCGUCGCUGAAACUGGGCAACGACAAGCGCCUGGCCACCUCGGAGUCGCACGGGCGAUUCGCGUCCCGGUGACGUUGACAUCGACGCCAAGUUGUUCCGCGAGUAACGAGCGAGUGAAUCUCUACACCCUGCUCAAUCGGUUAAUUCGCCACGAAAUAGAAGCGUCGUCGCACCUGGAAUGCGCCACAAACGAGCGUAACCAAGAGAGAGAGAGAGAGAGAGAGAGGGAGAGACAGACAAAUAGAGAAGGAAAAAAGAAGACACGAGGCGAGAAAAAGAGACGAGAAAGAGAAGUGCACGCGUGCAGGUCGCGUGUGCACGAAUGAAACUUGUUGGCAGAGAACUAACCGGAGCUGCUGGACGCGCUGAUCGGGUCUUGAAAAGCGAGAGGAUGCAGCCAGGGGUGACAGUGGCUCUUGCCACGGUCUGGCUGGCGGUGGCGGCGGGUGUGGUAGGAGCAGUCACCCCGCGACCCCUCCGCCUCUCCCACGAUCAAUACUCCCCCGCGUCCCCAAGCCGCGACGGGGUUCAACAGGACCAGGCCGACUGGAGGGUUCACGAUCCGGCCAAGGAUCAACCGCUCGACCUUUGGAUCGGCUCGCAGAGGUCGAUUUCUGCGGAGGAUUCACCUGGUCUAUCUGGCAAUGCCGAGCGAAAUUUUCCUUCGAAAGAGCCCGUGAAGGACGUCCCCUUGUCAAAGCAAAACUCCCUAGCUUCAAGUUGGCAGACAUGGCUGCUGAAUAUCGGCGGUUCGGAAUUCGCAGCCGACAAAGUCGAUUACGGCGGGAUGCCGGAAACGCUUCCGCGCGAGGUGCCCCUUUCAGAGGCGGACGAUCCCUUUGUGGCGGACGACACGUUCCAGGAUCAAGGCCCCGGCUCAGUGGAGAUAUACAAGUUGGACCUGUCGAAAGAGAAGGCCCUGUUGACCGCCACCACGCCCUCUGCGGCGUUACCGACAAGGAACAAGAGUAAAGCCCCGAAGAAGGUAGACCGCGUUAGCUCAAAAACGAAGACAACGGAGAUUAAGUCAACGACCAGUCCGAAGAGCCUUCGCAGGCAAUCGAACUUCUUCGAGGAGCAACGAACCGAGACGCCGGUCAACAGGGACGCCUUCGGUGUAGGUGGUGUGCCGGAGCUACAGGUUGGAUGCGAGGGCCUCGCCGCGUGGUCCCACAAAACGAAGAGAUCGAUAGAGACGCCCGGUAAGGAGGAGGCGAACGCGCCAGCCGAGUUGCUGGACGUGUCGUCGAUGGUAGUGAAUCUCGACCACGGUCCCUACGAGGUCGAGGAGGACUACGAGGAGAUAGACGAGCUGUUCCGAAUCAGGAAAAUGGAGCAGCUCGCUGCACAGAGGAGCAAACUGAACAGGGGCGACAUAGAUCCCGUUCUCAAUGCCCACUACCUGAACGAUCGUUGGUCGGACGAGUUACCGGUUCGGGGAGAUCUAGGCGAAACCGCAACGAGAUCGAGAACCCUCCGGGAGUACUCGCGAAAGCUGUCGGACGGUGCCGGAACGGGUCGCCACAAGGAAGCUAACGCGAAGCGAGAGACCGUCUCCACGUUGGAUGAUAAUAACAAGAGUCGCGGUCGACGGUUGCUGUGGCUCGCCGAGGCAAAUACCGAGGGAUUUGCGGGCGACGAGCGGAAGCGUGCGAAGCGGCGGAUCGAUUGGGGUUUUGGCGAGGACGAGGGCGUCGUGUCCAGCGACGAGCUGCAAACCGUGAACGAGCGUCGCAGGCAGCACGAAAUGCGACACCACCAGGAUGCGGGAAAACGACUACGCGAGCCGGACACCGAGAUCGAUAAUAUCAGACAGGAAUACGAACAGGUGCUAGAGCAGAAACGAAGGGAGGAGGAGGAGCGGCUGCGACGAAUGCAACAGGGUGGCCGGAGGACACCGAACGGAUGGCAAGAGGAAAGGGACGAGAUGCGGAGGAGACAAUACGAGGAGUACCGCAGACGGACAGAUCACGUUUCAGUUCCUCGCUCAGAUGAUGAGGAGGCGCGACGAAGACCAGACGCAGGUCGAACGCAGGAGAUGGCCAGAAGAAGAAACGAAGAUGAGCACAGGAGACAAGAAGAGGAGGAACGGAGACGGCUGCAGGACGAAGCUAGGAGGAGACAAGAGCAGUACAGGUGGCAACAAGAGGCGCAACGACGGAAAGAAGAUGAGGAGAGAAGGCGAGAGAACCAUUCCGCGAGAAAUUUGUCCGAAGACAGAAAAAGAUUGGAGGAGGAGCGUCAAUGGUCGGAAAGACAAAGACAGAAGGACAAAAGGAGACAACAGGACCGAGACGAGACGCCGGCGAAUCUGAUGCGCUCGGGAGCGCACCACCAGUCCGGCCACCCGAAUGAGCUUGGACAACGCGAUCGGCAUCAAGAGAGACGCAUGCAAGAGGAAGAGAGACGGCGCGAGCAGAAGCUAAAGGAAUACAUCGCACGAAAUCGACCUAUCAGCGUGAAUCGAAUGAAUAUAAACGACGAGUAUCGUAGACAACAAGAGGAUGAACUUAGAGUUCAGGAUUACGUCAGAAGGGAACGGCCGUUGAACAUUUCGAAGAGUGAUCAGUCGAUUGGCCGCGAAUUAUUCGAUCAGAGGAGACUGAUCGAGGAGGCCAGGCAACGCAGCAGGCACCCUGAUCCAGGAGCAGCGAGAAGACGCGGCCCGUGGGCACCGACGAAUAUCGAUCCGCGAAGCUCGCUGGAGGAAGCUAGGAGGAGGGAGGAGGCGAGAAGGUUGGAGGAAGAGAGGCGACUGGCGAGGGAACGGCAGCGGCACGAGGCGGAAGAGCGACGGAAGGAACUUGCCAGGCGAUGGCAGGAGGAAGAGGCGAGGAGGCUGCAGGAGGAACGACGGAAAGAGGCGACCAGGAGGGAGGAGGAGGUGAGGAGGGAGCAGUCCAGAAGGUAUGAGGAGGACAGAAAGCGUCUGGAGGCGGCGAGGGUGCAAACCGAGAGACGGAGGCAGGAGACGCGACCGAGGGAACACGGUUGGGAUGGAGGUCGAGCCGUUGGAGCAACGAGACAGCCGGAAGCCACGAGGUCGUCCGAUCAGGACCCUCGUUUAGAGGAGCACAGAAGAAUACAGGACAGUCGACUGAUUCCGAGCUAUUUGGUACGAGACGACGCCAGGCGGUUGGCGGAGAGGCAGCAAGAAAGGGCCCGACUGGAGGCCGAGAGACGACGGCAAGAAGAAGAGAGCAGGAGACAGACCGAUUCGUGGAGACAACAGGAAAUAACUAGACUACAUGCCCUGCCGGUGAGCGCAAGGAUAAUAGUUCGUCCCGGCAGCUCCACGUCAUCCAGCUCGCCGUCAGUGAUAUCGAGGGGUAGCUUCGAGAACGAGAUCGAGUUCGCGGGAAUCAAUCCGAGUCGCCAUGGUGUACAAGCUACGAGUUUUCCUGCACCGCCAACUUCGAGACCACCUGCCCUGAGCCCUGGACCGUGUGUCUGGGCGGUCGUUCAGUGUUGCUCGCGCAACAACAAUCGUCUCACCAACUGUUUCGAAUCAAUGGGCUGUCCUGGAAUUAAUUGGGACGCUAACCCGUGUAGAAGUUCCAUUGCGGAAGCCGCCAGAGCGGAAGUCAUGAAGUUCUAUGCUGCCGCGGAGAAUCCGUGAUACGUAAGAUACGUGAUACGCCCUUUGCUCAGCGAGAGCGAGCGAGAGAGGGGGAGGGAGGGAGAGAGAGAGAGAGAGAGAGAGAGAGAGAGAGAGAGAGAGAGAGAGAGAGAGAGAGAGAGAGAGAGAGAGAGAGAGAGGAAAGCGUGUAUAUAUACGAUAGAUAGAUAGAUAGAUAGAUAAAACAGAUCUUCUUCGUAGCCUUCGACACUGACGAAAGAUCGCACAGAAAGUUUCGAGCUACUACGAAUCAAUUCGCGCGCGUGUUUGUGUGCAUGUGACUUCUGCCUCGGCUCCGUACAAAUAUUUGUGCCGCUGGAUGGGAGAGCUCGGUAAGCAGACUACGGAUGUUUGCGGAACGAGCGAUCUUGACACUGUUCCUCUAGCCGCGAUAUAUCGACGGUAGUUUUUAAUAAACUACAGAACCAAGGAGAAAAUUAUAGAAAAACAUACGUGCCACGGAAAUCCCUUUCACGGUGCGAAGGGAUAUUCCAUGCAAGCUCAUGGAAAGCAUAGCAACACUCUUCUUCAUAUAACUUGAGCAAAAAUUUCAAAAAAUGAUUGAAUCAAGUUGAAUACGCCACACAAUUUGUAUCUUGAUGAUACAAGUGGACGUGGCAAGAUAUCCCUGUAGACAUUUACAUCCAGCGACAGAUUUAUUUGUGAUUUCUCGAUUGAGCCGAUCUCUCGUGCACGUCCCGAAGGAGAACAAUUCGGGAACGCGUGCGCGCGCGAAAGGAGCAAAGGGCGAAGAUUACGACUAACCGCAGACCAAAUAAAAUACACACGUCGAAUUACCUUCGACGCGCCGAGUAACCAUGUAAUAACAUCGUGUAUCAUGUAACAAGAAAAUUAUUUUACGUAUAUACGAUAACGCAUUGUGUAUUUGGAGACAGUUAAUCACACACACACACAUACAAAUAUUUCUCUAUAAUAAAAUCGCGACUAAAAUAAUAUUUUUCUAUCCGCUUAUGUCUCAACGAUAACGCGUACCAUCAAAUGCUUAGUACAUAAUUAAUAAUAGAACGUAAGAGAUAUUUAAAAGUAUCAAUUUUUUAAGUGUGUAGCAAGCAGUAUUUGUCUCAAGUAAUAUCUCUCAGAGAUCGAUGACAUGUUCCGUGGAUCGAUAAUUUAGUAGUUACGGUUUGGUAGCCAAUAAUUCUGGCACAGCGUUGGGCAUCAAUUGACAAAAGUUUUCUGUGACUAAAACAAUCAACAAAUCAAAACGAAUGUGUGUAAUCACGAACAAUUUGAUCGAUAGGUGAAAUUAAUAAGAAGAAAUUACUAUUCUAUUCCUAGAAGAAAAAAAUUUAUAUUAAGAACAAAACUUAUAAAUGAAAAACAAAGUUUCUCUAAUUUCAAGAGUAUUGUACUUGGAAUAUUUUUCUUUUGAUUUUUAUUGAAGAAUCUUUGUGAAGCUAUAUAGGAGAGGAUUUCAGUAAGAUGUACAGGAUUAAGUACGUGCUCGGAAUUUGUACUUUUGUCUUAAUGUCCAACACUGUUCUGGCAUUGCCUCGCGUGUAGUUGUAGAAGAAAAGAAAUGAACAUGACAUCACUCACGGAAAUACGGCGCAACAUGCGCGUAAAUAGGCCGUGUCGAAGUGAGCGCACGUUUUAAUUAAUGUAAAUGCUUCUUUUUGUACGUACGUAGCCGCGUCGAUUUUCUCGCAGCUUUUAUCAUAUGUGAUAUAGGAGGUAGGCUCUAAUACACUGUAACGCGACGACGAAUAUUUAUGUAUGUAACGUACGCAGAGGGAGAGAAAGGAAGUGAGAGAAAGAGAGACAAGACGAGAGAGAAGGAGAGAAAGAAAGAGCAAUAAAGUUAUGCGGACUUGUAUAACCCCAGAGAACACCUGUCCGCGUUUUCUCACCCCCGUGUAACGAUCGAACUUCGUUACGGAUGUAAAACCCUGAUCAAUUCUCGAUAACUCGUCGUGACAUUGACGCAUCGAUUCGGCGCGUUCUCACGCUCGCUCUCGUGCUUGCGCGUCACCGGAAUUUUCCAUUCGGAAAAGUUGUAAUUUCUUCUGUAUCCAGCCAAAACGUAAGUUUGUGUCGCAAUGACGCGAAAUGCUCGGGAUUAAAAGUUAAAGCGUUAAAGUGUAACGAGCGUCCAACAAAUUCUGCCGGGAAAAUUCGAUUCCGAAUUUCUCGUCGAAGUGGCAUCAUGAUCUUCCCCGCGAUCAUUUGCAACCUGUGCGCGAAAGUUUCGAAGAAGCCAGGCGCGCGUCUUCGUGAAGCGGAAAAGCGAUUCCCCGUCGAUAGCCCGCGCAUUUGCGCGACAAUCGCCGACAGCGUUCGGCGACAGCCAAACUUCCGGUCGUCGCGUCGCGUUUAUCUGCGGCCCCGCGUCGCAUCCUCUCUUUCUCGCGGGAGGUAGCGCGCAUUUUUCGCUCUUAUCCGCCGCGCGCGAUAACGAGGACAUUCAACGCUUAAGAGCUCUCGCAAACGUUCGCACGUCAGCCCAAUCAGUCGUAUUGUGUGACCGAAGUCGCCACCUCGCGUCUCGACACGCGGUAAGGCGAGAGCAAAUAGUGGACUAUUGACGCGGGCCAAUCACUUUGCGUAAUGCAUCGCGUGUCGCGUAUUCGGCUGUCACGGCGAGUUACCGCGACGAAAUUGGAAACGUCACUUUCACAUUCGGACGGCUGCUUGCCGAACAAUCGGUCUCCCGCGAUCGCUUUUGCCAAACGCGGAAUUAAAUCCGCUCGCGACGCGCAAACGUUUUAAUAUUAUAAUUUUUGCCACUCACGUUACUCUCUUAAAGUAAAUCAAUAAAAAUGCUCCUGACUGAAUCAAUAAAAGGAGUAUUUUACCGCUAAUCAGCGAAUAUUCACCGAUUUUCCGUGGAAACACUCUACUGCUUCAUCUUAUAUCUCAAUGAUUUUGACUAGAGAAAGUAAGAUUUCACCGCAAAAUCUGUAAUACAAAACCCCGAAAAAUAUAAUCUUAUUCUUAAAGGAGAUUCUCUUAUAUGUGGCCUCAAUAGAAUUCUUCUAAACUAAGAAGAAAAAUAUUCUAAGUACAAUAUUUGCAAAGUUAGAAUAAUUUUAAUCUGUAGAUAAAAUAACAAAGUUCCUCUUCAUAUAAUGCAUGAAAAAUCAGGAAAAUAAUAAAAAUCUUUAGUCAAAAUCUCAAACGCAAAGGAGGUCAAUAAGAACUGACAGUUUACGUUUAGAAUAAUUGCGUCUUUCAUCUACAGUACAAAUUUUGCUUUUAAUAGAAAUUUCUUCCAAUAAAAGAAUAUUCUGCUUCGAGUAAACAUAUCCUCUUGAUUGAAGAAGAAAAAGAUUAGAAUAAUAUCUAGUAGAUUUCUGAUUUAAUAGUUUACUUCAAUAGAAGAGAAAUACUCUUUUGCUUAGAAUAUGGGAUUACAAAACAUAACACCUUAUAACUAGAGUUCCUUUUUUCAAGCUAGGAACGUUUUCCUCUUGGAAUCCUCUUGAGGCCAUGUAUAAGAGGAUAUCCGCUGAGGAAAAGAUUAUAUUUUUCUAGGUGAAUACAAAUCCAUUAUACACUGUGCCAAAUCCAACUUUCCGCGUUUGUAGCGAUGAAAUUAACGGCUUCCAGGCGAUUUGCCUGCAAUGUGUAAUGUCUGUGUUUGUAAACUGCAUCAACAAUAGGUACAGUCGCUAGUGUCAACUGAUCCUUCCAGCAUGAUUUUACUGAUUGCUGUAUUGUACGACUGAACCAUCAGUUCUAAGUGCAACAUUUCAGUGAAAAAUGUACUGAUUGUACUUUAGAGAGUAUAUCACCGUUUUUGUUCGACGACGCUUUUGUAUAGCUGCACAGCGCGUGCUUUAUAUAUCACGAUGACAUAGAGUUUCACGCGCCAAUGACUGAAUGGCCUUUCACACGCGGAAAUACGGUUUGCUUGAAUUUUAAGAGUCACGUCACGAUCGAGACGGCAAACUAGCACUCGUCCGCGAAUUAUGCUAAUUACGAUGGCGCAUCUAAUCACUGAACAACGCGGUCAAGGCGGACCGGUAUUAUUUCUAUUCUGAGUUUGUCCUUUCUUUCAUUAUAUCUCCUUCAUCAAUAUUCAAACUGUAUGAAAAACAACGAUUUAUGCGAUAUCAAUCGUUAUGUAACAUGACAUAUUAAGAUUCAAGAACGUAAGUAUAAUGUCUAGGUAUAGCUUCCGGAAUGGAGCCGUGUCUUGAAUCAGCGAUAUGCCGACGUUAAAUCUAGAACGUAAGUAUAAUUAUAAUCAGCGCCUGUAUUAGAAACCUAAACGGUUUCUAGUAUAUAAUUUAUACUGUGUUAUAUCUCUCUCCAAUUAUAUUAUACUUUAACAAUUACAUUAUAUUGUAUUUAACAAUCAAUGAAAUAGAAUGAGGAACAAAUUCCA